AACCUACCUACCUCCAACCCAAACAACCACAUCCAUAACCACCUCCACCACCACAUCCACAUCCAACACCAUGUCCGGAUACGACGGCUACAACAACCAGGGCUACUACGGCCAAGGCCAAGGCCACAACCAGCAGUACCAGCAGCAGGGAGGCUACCCCUCUCAGCAAGGCUACGGCCAGCAGGGCUACGGCCAGCAGGGAUACGGCCAGCAGCAGGGACACGAGCAGCAGUACAACCAGAGCGGCGGCGGCAGCGCUAGCGACUACUACGGCGGUGGUGGCCAGCAGUCCCAGUACGGCGAGGGCCAGUACGGUCAGCAGCACCAGCAGCAGCAGGGUCAGCACCAGUACGGUCAGGACCAGCGUGGCGAAUACUCUCAGCAGGGCGCCCCCGGCGAGGCUCAGGACGGCGAGCGUGGACUCGGUGGUGCACUGGCCGGUGGUCUGGCGGGUGGAUUCGCCGGUCACAAGGCCGAUCACGGAUUCCUCGGAACCAUCGGUGGAGCCAUCAUGGGCAGCAUCGCCGAAGAUGCCAUCAAGAAGCACAGGCACAAGGACGAGGCCCAGGACUACCAGAGCCAGGGUGGCUACGGCGGUUACCCCCCUCAGGGGGGCCCUCCCGGCUCUCACCACGGCGGUGGCAGCAUGAUGGACCAGCUUGGCGGCUUCUUUAAGCGAUAGACGGGUCAUUCCUUUGCCGAUGUUCUCGCUUCCUUUGUCCAUUUUUACCUCUUUUCUUUUAUUACGAAUUCCCUUGUGAAUGAAUUUUUCGAUUUUGUGUCGUUCGGCCGGCCGGGUUUGGAAGAAUUAAUUGUUUCGUGCCUCUUGAGAUAUUUAAGAUUGCCUGUCAUUUCGCAUCCCCGAUGUUACUACCAUGUCCCAUGGGGUGGUGAAACUUGAACUUGAUACCGACGCUGGACUGUAUUCCAGUAUCCAUACAUAGCUCGUCAG